CCUGCAGCCAGCCCGUUGCCAAAAAAGGCAUCAGCAACCAUCCGGCUAAGAAGGGCAAGACAUGUUUCAAAUGACUCUUCAACUAGUGUCACCAUACAUGAAGUGAGAAAAGAAAUCAGGAAACAGUUUGAACAACUUAUGCCCACCAAGUACUGUAAGUCAAGUGAAAAAGUCUGUCCUGCAGGUCCCCCCGGAUAUCCUGGUCCCACUGGAGCGAGGGGACCACGUGGCAGGAGGGGACCAAAAGGAAAUAAAGGUCCUCAAGGUCCCAUGGGACCACCUGGAAAAUCCGGAAAAACAGGAAUAACUGGUCCCGCAGGACCGAGAGGAGAAAAGGGAAGCAAUGGAGAGCCUGGGCCAAAAGGCAUGCCGGGACCACCUGGAAGGCCUGGAAAAUCGAUAUCUGCUCCACAAGUGAUGUUGUCACCGGCAGAGCAGACACGAGAUGAGGGAGGAAAUACGGCAUUUUAUUGCACGGUUGUAGGAAACCCUUCCUCAGUCGUGGAAUGGCAAUUUAAGGGCACAAAGCUUCUGUCAGGCGCAAAGUAUCUGAUUAAAGAAGGAGAGUUGAUCGUUAGAAAUCUGAAUUACAGCGAUGCUGGACCGUACACAUGUGCUGCCAUGAACAUUCUUGGAUCGUCUGAGGCCACUAGCAACUUGACUGUUCGAGGUAAGAAGAGCAUUUAACUUAGAGUGUUGUUAUAUCUGGCUGCUUGAUUUUGUAGUCUUUUUUGUGCUCAGAGAAUGCGAGAAUAUGAGGUUUGAAUAAAAAAUGUCACCGUUGUUUAAUCAUUUACUUUUAUCUCUUCCUUCAUUUUUUCUUUUCUUAAGCAGUCUAUAACGCCAAACUUUAAAUUUACUCACUUAUACCGUAUGCUCAUGAUCAAGGACUGUAGAUUGUACUCAUUGGCAUCAGGCUAGUAGUCACUAGUGUAGUUCAACGUUUAAUCGGAGCCAUACAAACAUAAAGAUAUUAAAUAAUGUUAAAGAUAAUAACACAUGACAGGAAUAUUUGGAACUUACAUGAACGCGAGGGCACACAACACCAUCCUUCUUCUUCUUCUACCUUUUUAGCUUAGACCACCCGGGGGAGGUUACUUAGGUUAAUUUUUGCUGGAUGUGUGCCGCUGGCCUCUCAAAACGCCUACCACAUUAUAUUCUAUGCACGCUGGUCGAUCAUGUAUCGGCUCUAUUUCAGGUCUUCCAGUCUUCACAAAAGUUCCACCUUCACUUGCCACACCAGUUCAAGCCACUACGUUUCAAGUAACAUGUCAAGCUGACGGAUAUCCUCUCCCCGCGGUAACCUGGACUAGAGCAGCAAUGCCUUUACCUGCUGGAAAGACUACUAUAAACCAAGGCACACUUACCAUUAAAAACUUGAGUCCUGCCGACAACGGUUUUUACGACUGCGUAGCUACUAACAUUAUGGGAACAAAGAAGAGAAGAAUCAACCUAGCAGUACAAGUGCAUCGUUCAGGUUUGUAUUGAAGGCACCGUCUCACCCUGUAUAUACCUGAUUCAAUAAAAAGUUGCUUUGGUAAUUGGGCACUGGGCAUUUGGGCGUACGAAACUCACUGCUAUGAUAUUGCUUGAGCAUCCACUAAACAACAGCUUCCCAGUGCGCAAUUAUACAAUACCCAAAGCAAGAAUCAGGUACCGUUAGACUAAACGUUCAUUUCAGUAAUGCAAAUCUUCUUAUCCAGCUUGCGAUCUUGGUUAAAUAAGAGUGUUAAAACAUUAUGAAAGACAGUUUUUUUUCUCACUUUGGCACUACGAGAACUAUACGGCUAUACCAAAAUAUAUCGCAGGGUGAUCUAUUUGAAUACUGCUUUUUUUUAAUUUUUGUUUUUGUUGUUUCUUUGUUUGUUUGUUUACUUUUCAGGCAUUCAAUAACCAUCUAAUCACUGCUAAAGCCAGAAGAGAGCUACUAUCAUUGCGACUGUAUUUUGCGCUUACAGAAAUAUGCAACUUAAGACAAUUAUGCGUGUUUACUAUUAAGAGUUUCAAUGAUCUUAAAUGCUUAAUUUUCCUUAAUAGCGUGCAAAUCACGUACAUGCAUGCAUAAAUGCUUUCUUUAGUCACUUGCAAUGCUACUCUUUUUCUCAAUAAAUUCAGUUGUUUUAACAUUUUAAAAACUUUUUUCCUUGUCAUUUUAUGGACUUUGACUUUUAAUACGUAGAUUUUGAAAGCUCAGUCAUUGUGGGAAACAACAGAAAUCACUUGACCUUGUUAAGAAACUGGCUAGCACCUGUGGCAAAAAGCGUGAAUUCUCUCUGGAAGCGCUGUUGGCAUGCAUCCGUGGACGGCUGGGCUGGAAGUACAUUUCACUCCCAAUGUGACGGCAAGGGCCCGACUGUGACAAUAAUAAGGGUCGGGAGAUAUAUUUUCGGAGGAUACACUAGUAUUUCAUGGGGUAAGUGAGCAUUGUAAGCCAUGGCAGUGGCAUUUAUACCUUUGGCGUAAUUGGCAUUGAUAUGUUCAGCUAAAAGUGCAGCUUGGUACUUAACAGUAUGGAAUCAUGUGACGUUACCUUUCAUACAUGGUUAAGCAGUGGCGAACAAAGGUUCUAGGUUAAUAGCUCUAGAUGCGGCUCCAUAUCCCCUCGUUCCUCAAGGGGCGAGGACCGCCCCUCCUACACUCACAUGGUGUGAAUGAGCAACCCUCCCCCCCCCCUUCACUCCUUCUCUAGAGUUCUGGUUCUGCAGAUAGUAAGCGAUACAUUUCUAGCUUGUCAAAACGUGCCCGAAUUCGAGGCUAAUACUAUUAUAAUAAUAAUUUUGAGUUUAUAAAAUAUCGAUAUUGUUCUGACUUUCUUGCCACCCUGAUCUUCUAUCUUUCAAUUCCCAUAUUGCAAAAGUAGCGACUAACGUGCUUUAUCACAAGUUUUUGGUUAAAUUUGCAAAUUUCGGCUAAGAAAAAACACUCGAUCGAAUUUGUUUUAUGAGAAUAAGGUAUUUAUUGUCUUUAAUUAAUAAUAAUCAUCAUCAUGAUCGUCAUUAUUAUGACAGGCACAAGGACAAUGUCGCUUACUUAUCUUAGAAAAGUUUUGUUUCAUUUCUUUUAGCUUCUGGUUCUCGCCGGUAUCAGUACGACUCAAAAGCCUUCUUAUUUUCGCUGGUAAACAAACCAGGAUGGGCGCCUGUCAAAUUGUCUCAGUCAGGGCAAUCUAGUUCUAGCAGAGCACAUUCCAUAUACUUUCGCUUAUCUUAUGGGCCUACAUUCGGAGGAGGACAUGACAUUAACAUCUAUAACUACGCGUCAUCUAAUAGCAAUUCUUACAGCGACCUUGGCUAUACUUACAGCCCACCGAGCGGAUACAGCUACCGCAGCACCUUCGCCAAAACAUUCCUGGCAGGAUCGUACAGGUUCACACCAGACGAAGUUGAAACCUUUUACGAAACAACCUAA